AUGGAAGACCCUGGUCAAGCGCAAAACGGGUGCCACAGUAACCCCAACAAAACUGAACAAGAUGAUGCGCGAGUCUUCGGAUAUCAACGGGUGAGCUGCAUCGAUCGUCAGCUGCAGCCGAUCUUCCUGGUGCCGCGCAGAAAUCUGAGAAACGAGAGCCACUCCAAUUCAGCAAAUGGACUUUAUACAGCGGAAUUAAGACGCUCAGAGAAGUGGGACACUAUGAGCGAAAAAGAGCAGGCAAAGCGCAUGGCCAAAGUUGCAAGUUAUUACCAUUACAGAGAAGAACGGCUCAGGAUGGGCGAUAUCGAAGAGUCGGACGACGAGGAAGAGGAGGAGAGGAUUUAG